AGUUAGGUUUCACUUCUACAAGCGGGUACGAAAAUAACCGCAACGCCUCUUAAUUUAAAAAAGGUGUGUUAACGUUACGCAUAGAUGAGGACGACUGCAAACGUUUAAUGUAACAUUACAUUCAGAAUUUAGCCAGACAGCUAAUUAGCUGAGGUUAACACUGAAGUUGAGAAGACGUUUAUGUUGGAGGUAAGAAAGUAUGGAGGCAGGAAGAGUCCGCAAUAAAACGAUAAACGUUUACGACUGCCGCUUCGACAAAAGAGUUAACAAAAAAUCACUGGAAACGGGAGGUUUGGACUUCAAUGGCUUCCUCCAACUUCUGCAACGGAAAUUUGCACUCCAGCUUAAUGAUACCUUUGUGCUCACCACGUCGGACAGAACAGUCCUGGAUUUUGACAAAUUUGAAAAGCUUCAGGAUGGCAGCACCAUCCUCUUGUUGCAACAGGAGGACCAAGCUCUGGCAGCGGCAACGGAGGAGGAGAUCUCGUUUAUGCCGCAUUAUGAUACGUUGAUCCGGUGUGGCAUGUAUGAGUACUAUGCAAGUGACGGUCGGCAACCAUUGGCAUAUGCACUUGCCGAGCUGAUUGACAACUCUCUUUCGGCCACGGUUAGAAACACAGGAGUGAGGACAAUAGAGAUACAGAUGAUGUUUGACGAAACUCUUGGUAAACCUGCAGUGAUUGUCUUAGAUAACGGGUGCGGCAUGACCUUUCAAAAGCUUAAUAACUGGGCAGUGUACAGACUCUCUAAAUUUGCCAGUAAACAAGAGACGUAUAUCCGGCCUGAGCCUGUCCCUCGUAGUCUCAACAGUGAUAUAUCCUUCUUCGGAGUUGGAGGAAAACAGGCUAUUUUCUACAUUGGAGACUCGGUCAGGAUGAUCACUAAAUCAGCACGCUCCCUGGAUGUCCAUGAGCUGAUUCUGUCCAAAGAGGAAUUUGAGAGAAAAGAGAGGGACAAAGAGGAUAUUUACAAGGGGACAAUCAAAACCAGGAAGCCCACUGACUCUUCACAUGUGGUUAAAGAUGACGAGCACUUUAUCCACCGCCUCAUAGCUGACGAACGAGAAAAGAAGAGCUUCACAGCCGUGGUCAUUACAGGAGUCUUGCCUCAGCAUGUAAAACUUCUGAAAGAUGAUUUUGAUGUGUGGACCAGACAGCUAGCUGACAUAUAUCACUAUUACAUUUAUGGAGUCAAUGGAAGGGAUAUGAGAAGCUACGACACAAACUCGGAUCAUAUACCUAAGAUUGACAUCCAGAUCACUAUGCGCGAGAAGCCUCCCAGAUGUCCCCGUGCGAUGAAUCUAAGGGAAGUUGAAAACGACAUGCAGACUCUGUACAUCAGUUCUGCUCAGGACACUUUUGAGUUCAAGGCCGUUGCUGAAAAAGACACCGGCACAGUGGAGGGAAUCAUUCGCUAUCAUCCAUUCCUCUACGACCGAGAGACUUUCCCGGAAGACCCUCAUGCUGUGCAAAGUAUUCGAAAUUCUCCUGCUGAUGAUUACAACGAGACUGAGUCUGGUGUCUUUAAUCAGGCGAGAGGGAAAAGGCCGAUAUUUGACUGUUUCUGGAACGGGCGGCUUGUACCUUACACCAAACUGGAUGAGUUUGACUGGUGUAAGGUGAAAAAAGAGACCAAGGACCUUGCAGAGUCCUACAGUCGAAUUUCAGGGGUGCUUUUCACUGACGACAAAUUCCAGGUCAGCACAAACAAGCUCACCUUCACGGACCUGGGCAAACUGAAGGACCAGAAAACAAUCUUCACGCGCAUGGUUAACGGACAGCCAAAAAGAGCAAUCAUGCAAAAGGAGUUUACAGAGUGGCUAAAAAACUGUCACAUGAAGUAUGACAAGCAAGUGAAGUUCCUGGGUUAUAAGGAGACCAUAACACGAACAGAAUCAGAUCUGCCGAAGAGAGAGCAGUCUCCCUGGUCCACAUUCUCCUCCAUCGAAAGGGACGGCAAAAUCUACAAAGCGGGCCAACUUGUGAAGUCUCUGAGGACGCAGCCCAUCCUGUACGGCAGCGUGGUUCGUUUCCUGCUGUAUGGAGGAUAUGACGGGGAUGUCUUUGCCAACGGGGGAGAUGUUGAACUAGUGCUGGAACCCAAAGCAUUUCACGACCAGAUCAGGACCAUACCCAUUUCCAAGAUUGAUAAGACGGCCACUGAUGAAGCCAUCAAGAAACACAUAGAUAAUGAUGCAGCCAGGCUUCCAGAGAGUCUGAACGUGGACUGGACAGAAGGCGACCCGUGGCCAGAGAAUGCUGUUCUCCCAGCUGGGACUGUGUUAGGCCCACUCAAAGUUGCAAUCCUAAACAAGAAGCAAGAGUCAUUGUCCAAGAUGCCAGCAGCGCGCCAGGGAGGAGGGAAAAAACUGAGUGUAGUGCUCAGAGUUGUCCGGCACGAUCCUAAAGGAGAGGAAGAGGUUGCCUUUGCUGUGGCACCAUUUGCGAAGACUGCUUUCUAUUUCAAAAAAAUUGAGAUUCUGAACAAGCUGGGGAAGUACACUCUGUCGCUGAAUGCUGUUAUAACUGAAAGUGAUGCCACCACCUUUGGAGACAAGGAGCUUCCAGGCUACAAACUGAAAUUCACCAUCAAAGAGGGUAGUGCUGAGAGUUUCAGGAUCGGUGAAGUGGGCGCCACUCUCGUGGGAGUGUCCUUCAACAUUCCUUUGCUGAUAAAAGAUGGUUGUGGUCAUGCAACAUCGCCUCCUCCUGAUCUCAAACCUGUUCUCAACUGCAGUGGCCUUGAUCUGAGUUACGAGACAGUGGGCAGCAGUGGGACCACGUUCGUCAUCAAAGGUGUCAAAGCAAGAGGAAAAGUCCUGAGUUACCAACAAUCCAAGACACAUGACCUUAAAGUGACCCUGCCUGGCCUGAAGGAACACACACAGACUAUUAAGAUCUGCCUUCUUCCUGGUAAUCCACAUUCCCUCCAUGUGACUCCAGAAGAAAACCCAAUCACAGUAGAAAAUGGAAACCCUGUCACCUUUAAAGUUGAAGUUCUCGACGAGUCUGGGAACAUCACCACUCGCCCCAAACAGAUCAUCAACUGCCAGGUUGAGGGGCUUCCUCCGAAGGCAACCGACUGCAGCAGCACAGGAGCUGGACAGCUUGUGACAAACCCCAUAGAAGUGCAAAUAAUAAAUGGAGAACCACAAAACCUCCAAGUGCAAUUUAAAAUGCCGAGUCAGAGGAAUGUUGAAUCAGUGGUGAGGCAGCUGAGGGUGAUCCCCAGCACCAGAGUCACCCGCAUGGAGCUCUGCAGUGACAACAAUUUGGUGCUGAGGAACGACGAAAAGAUAGAAUGGCUGGCUGGAAGCUUGCUGCAGAACCUGUUCUAUAAGCUGUAUGAUGAGGCGGGCAGAGAGGUGCCUCCCACUGUUCAAACUGCCUCCAAGAUCAAGGUUAACUGGGCAAAAGAUGCAAAUCGGAAAGAUCUGGCCAAUGGGAAGCUGCCUGACAUACAGGUGCACAAACACGUGAAGGAAGAGCGCUUCUACCAGGUGUCCUACCAAGACCAGAAUGUGUCCGUCUCCUUCAACAUAGUGCCUCGUCCAGAUGAACCGGUGCGGCUAAAAGCAACUCUCCUCCAAAACACAGUGAAGCUGGGUGAAAUCCUCCCUGGAAACAUCAACUUGGAGCUUGUGGACCAGUACGAUAAUGUAACCAAGGCGCUAACGUCCACCUGUACCAAGCACAUGACAGCGGAAGCCGAGGGUUUGAACAAAUCGGCCAUCACCUUUGAAUGGCAGGAGAGCAGCUGUUCUGUCCUGGUAACUGGCGUGCAGUUCCAGUCCGGGACUCCUGGCCCCAGAGACUUGUGCUUCGCCUACGGGAGCUAUGAGGAGCGCGUCACCAUUAAAGUGACCGCUGGAGUUCCCGCGCUGCUAAAACUAGUCAGUGAACCAGAUAAGCCUUUGCAGGUGUUGAAUGGUAAAGGCAUCCCCACACCAUUCCUCGUCCAGCUGUGUGACGAGUGGGGAAACCACUCUACAGACCAGAGGGUUGUGGUUACAUUGAUGUCGUCACCUGCAACACUGAAGGUGGAGACAGCUGUUACUUCACAACCCGUGAAUGCAAAAGGACAAGCCUCUUUCACUGUGAAGAGUGUGAGCGGACCAAAGGGGUACUAUCAGCUGGAGUUUAACGGUUCCCUCAACAAUAAACCUAUCCCUGGUCCAUCGGUGAAUCUCACUGUCAUCCCUGAUUCCACCAAACCUGUGAGUCUGUCAGUGGAGUUUGACACCAGAGCAAAGUUUCCUGCCGCCGGCACCUUCCCAGUCUUCUCUGUGACUGUGGUAUCUGAAGAUGGAAACCCAAUAACGGCCAACCCUGCUGAUGCAUCCAUGUUUCUGUGGAUGGGAGCGCCAUCAGGAAAUGCACCUCCACACACAGCCACUGAGUUGAAGUGUAGUAAACCCCUGAGAAAUGAAAAGAAUGACCGUUUACACUUCAGAGAUAAAGAGAUCCCAGAACAAGUUGGAAAGCACACAGUCCAGUUUUCUCUACGAAUAGGCGGAACAAAUGAGCUGUUGAGUGAUCAGAUCCUUAUAACUGUGGUGGCCAAUCAGCCUGUCAAACUGGGACCCGUCUCUAAGCCACAGACCCCAGUAGUUUUCUACAGUGUGGCCGUUGCCGACCGAACCUUGGUGGAAAACAUGACCCUGAUGAUUAUGGACUUGUAUGGAAAUCCAACGGGGCAGGACCUGAACGGGAAUGUGAUGAUUUCUAUAAAGAGUGGAGACGGCAAGAAAACUUUCCCUCUGUUCGAAGACAAAACCAACUGCUUUAAAAUUAAUUUGGCAGAAGGAAAAGCCCAUAUCCCUAGACUGGCUAUCAUGCAGAACAGCCCCGGGGAGAAUGGGGGUACAUACGUCCUCGUCUUCAACCCUAAAGUACCGAUGCUUCCCACACCCUUGCCUCCUUUUGAGCUCCCUUUCCAAUUCUUCAAUGAUGCAGAGAACCAGCGGAAAAUUUCUCAGCUGUCUGUGAAGAAAGAUGAGCUCACUGCCACUCUCGACAAAUAUGAAGAAUUUUUUUCGGAUUCUCGCGAACUCCUCCAAUUGUUGACCUCUCAAAGCCUCGAUGCAAAUAACAAAGAGGCCGAACUCAGACAGGAGCUGAAGAGGAGGAACGUGACAGUAGCACAGACUAUCCCAGAGAUUGACAAACUCAUCGGAGAGAGAAAAACUGAAAUGGACAGGAUCCUGAAUGCACCCGGAAGAAAGUUCUCCAUACCUGAUCCCUUCAAGGGGCAGCCAGAUGUUUUGGGAAUGGUUGGCCACCUGGCCUAUGUGCAGGACGAUGCUGCUGCGUGGGUCAUCUCCUGGUGUAUCAGGGGUGACAUGAAUUGUGUCGUCGCCGCCACAACCGAAGCAGCAAUGAAGAUCUAUGCCGACACCCAAGGCACGCAGCAGGUCAUGGCCCUUGACCAGGUUCAUGUGUUCCCACAAAGGACGUUGCCGCACAUCAGAAAUGGCUGCAGGCUCUUUGAUCCCCCUGGGAACCCGGUCUUCGCCACAGAGCUCCUGAUUUACCCAAAUGAACGGGAGAUGUGUAUCAAAGUGUUUAAAAACCUCCUCAGAGAAACUAUUCUGAUUGAUGAUCUGGAGUCUGGAACCAAGUACAGAGCGGCGGUGGUGGCGAUGAAGAUGCCAUGUCCCACCAUCCUGACCAGGCAGGGGGAGCGGAUCACUGCCCAGGCCAAGUUUGGAGGCUCGCAGAACAAAGCCCCGCCGAUUCACACCUUUGAUGGAAAUAUGUUCGGAGCCCCUCGCCCGCAACAGUACUACACUCUCAAGCAACACUUAGAUUUACUGACCAAGCACAAGGCAGCAAUGGUGAACCGUGAUAAGACCGCAAAGGAACGUGAGAAUCAUUUAAAAGGCAUGAAAUCACCUGAAAUGCUGAAAAAGCAACAAGACAUGGAGGAGAAAAAGAAACAGCUGAUGGCGAUUGAGGGACAACUUGUGGCGUCUCCGGGAAGACCACCAAAACGUUCCCUUGGGGGGGCUGGUGAGCAAUCCGGUACAACACCAAAGAGAGCAAGGUAGAGCUCAACAUCAGGGGUGCACAGGUCCAGCCUGAUACUUUGACCACAGACCUCUUUAUUAUCAUUAUUUUAUGGUACAAUUAUGUUUAAUUAAAUUUUAUCUGUACAUGUAUCUUUUUUUCUACGUUUUAAAACCCUUGCAAUGAUCAAAACCAAAAAUGACAAAUGAAUGUGCAUGGCAUAAUUUAUCUAAAAAAGUCUUUGUAUUAAAAAAAACAAACCUGUUUUAAGAUC